AUGCAAUUCUCAACCGUCGCCAUGAUCUCUGCUCUCGCAGUCUCCGCUUCAGCCUACGGAAACUCCAGUAUCGCUGCCGUGUGGGUUACUGAUGUUGUUACUUCCUUCGUCACCGUUUGCCCAGCUGCAACCAGUUUCUCCUUCAACGGUGUAACUUACACUGCCACCGAGAGUGAGACUGUCACCAUCACCAACUGCCCAUGUACAAUCUCCAAGCCAGUUUACACCACCUCUUCCGUCAUCUGCAACACCUGCACUGCCGCCCCAACCGCUCCCGCUAGCUCUGCUGCCAUCAGCUCUGCCCCAGCUUGGGGUAACAGCACCGCACCAGCAGCCACCGGUGGCGUUACCACUAGCAAAGGAUCCGUCAGUACCUCAUCAGCCGGAUCCAGCCCAUCUGCUUCCACCACUGCACCAAUUGUUGUUUCCAACAACGGAAACCGCGCCAUUGCACUCUCUGGUGCCAGCUUUGCUGGUCUCCUCGGUGUUGCCGCUUACAUCUUGUAA